UGUUUAUCUUAAGGGUAAGCCACGCCCUCAGAAAUCAGGAAGUAGAUAGGCGAAGAUUGAGAAAUGCUGUAGCAGGUGGACAAGAGCACAAUUAUGCUACAUGACGCCUAAUCAAGGUGCAAAGUGUAAUUGUCGAAAGCCAUCAUGUUGCUAAAACGCAGACGCAGCGUUUGGCGUCGAAUAGUCCUCGCAUUCUUCGCGAGCCUGCUGGUCGAUGUUAGUCCGGGAACUGCUCUGGAAAUCUUCGGCCACAACAGGACUCACAUUCCCAUGCACCGGCUCGCGGAAUUGCCCGCUUCCCAGGAACUGGUGGUGAAGGAGGGCUCCAGCACGUCAAUUGAAUGCAACGUGAAUGGCACGAGGGAUGACAUUUUGUGGUACAACUCCAAGGGACACGUACUUGAUCAGGAAGAGGGUGGAGGAAAAUGGCUGAUAUCGGACAGAGGAAUCUUGAACAUCACAGCUGUCACCUUUGAAGACAGAGGGAGGUAUACAUGUAUAGCGUUCAGCUCGGCUGAAAGCUCGAACUACACUGUGACCCUGCGGGUGGCUUACAUCCACAGUGGGCUUGGUCUGUACUACGUCCUGGUGUGCCUGGUGUCCUUCACUAUCACCAUGAUCCUCAACAUCACGCGCCUCUGCAUGGUGAGCAGCCACCUGCGCAAGACCGAGAAGGCCAUCAACGAGUUCUUCCGCACGGAGGGCGCCGAGAAGCUGCAGAAGGCCUUCGAGAUCGCCAAGCGCAUCCCCAUCAUCACCUCGGCCAAGACUCUGGAGUUGGCCAAGGUGACGCAGUUCAAGACUCUGGAGUUGGCUCGUCACAUCGAGGAGUUGGCUCGCAGUGUGCCUCUUCCACCGCUCAUCCUGAACUGCCGGACCUUCGUGGGUGAGAUGUUUGAAGUGGUCCAGCCAGGUGGCUUUGACCCGGCCUGUGCUGACCUGAGGUGUCGACAGGCCAUUGAGGAGAACCCGAGUAGGAGGGACGCAGAGGUGGGGUGCGAGGAGAGUGCCGAAAACCCCAAAGGCACUAACCCGGGUCCUCCUGAGAAAAGCCUGGAAGAAGUUGCCAUCUGCGUUUCCAUUUUGGGGACCAAAGGCACCAAGUGUGUCAUUUAUGAAAGUCAUAUAUAAACCAGCAGGUCUGCAUGACCUCGGGAAAGAUCUCUGGUAAUCAAACUUCGUAGUACAGGAACAGGGGCCAUCUAAUUAUUCUGUACAUAUUGUCUUUGUUUAUAGAUUUUGUCGAUCAUAUUAAUGAAUGGUAUUUCCUAAACGUGGUGAAUGAAGAGGAAAUUACAAGACACAGUAUCUUGGAAGGUUUUAUUGAAGAAUUCUUUAAAAGUUCUCAUGUUGUAUUUCAGUAAAUGUUUUGGAGGUGAGGUCUUCUUAGCUUGAACUUAGUCAUCAAGUUUCCCUUCUCUGGUGCUAGAUUUCUUUCUAUGAAUGGUGUACUAUAUUGGGUGAUUUAUAAGUGGGUAAUAUUACGGUGACCUUCAUGGAUCACAUUGAAGGAUCAGUGGUUAUAGUAAGUAACAGCUGACUAUGACCCUUUAAAAUUAAGUUGCCCCUAUUGGUGAACCCUAAAUAGGUUGUGCUGGACGUAGGUUGCCCCCAUAAUGUGUGAAUAUGGCUGAUUGUCUGUAGCAGUCAGUAGUCCUUAGUUUCCCCAAAUUCGGUCUUUUCAAUAAGAAACUUUUGUGAUGUCACGUCAAAGCCAUUAUGACAUCACUGUCAGCUCGGCCAGACUUAUGUGACACAAGCGGAGAGACCAGGGCUUUUCAUGUAUUCUUUACUCACUAACUUUCCCCUUGCCCAAAUGAUUUGCUGUUAAUAUUCCCUGAAAUGAAACAGACUGGGGCAGUAACUUAAGGGCCCCAACAGAUGGAGCCCUUGGCAAAUAAAAGCUAUGAAUAGCUUAGCGGUUGAGCUCUGUGAUUUGCACAUAUAUAGAAUAUUAUAGAAUGUUUUCUAUAGUACUACGCUUCAUUUUUUCAUUUUCAUUUGCUUUAAAGUGUCUUUCCCAAAGUAUGUCAUUGUGAUGCCCAAAGUAAAUGCGAUGUCACAUUUUUCAGGGAUCAGAGAAUGUCUCCCGUCAAGUUUCUGCUCACACGUUCAAAUCUCUUUAUCUUCCUCAAACCUCCCAUAAGAGUCUGUAAUAAAGCUUAAGGGCAUAAUCUACGUAGGAAUUGAACACAGAGUAGAGGUGCCCUACAUUCAGAGCUACUUCAUUUAUACGUGCCCAAUAUCAGUGUUGUCAGCCAAUCACAGACUGUGAAAUGUGCUGAUUUCUCUUCGGAAAUAGCAUCGGUGUCGAGUUCCAGCCACCACCAGAGUUCAUUGAGUUUACGUGGUGCUGGAAGGUGGAAUUUGGGUUUGGCCUCAUCAGCCCUCUCCAGUAAUGUACAGAGGGUGUUACAGCCGUAUUUAUCAUAGCAAUACCACCGGUAGGAGCAGGAAUGUGUGUGAAUGGGAAUGCAAUACCAAUACUAUGAUCUUAAAAGACUGUUGGGUUGUUAUUGCAUCAAGUUAUUUGGAAAUAAAUCGUUGCCAUGGGAUACUUUACAAAAUGUCAUUGCAGGAAAUGGAGAUUAAUUAACCAUUCUGGCCGUUGUAAUUUAUGCACUCUCCCUUGCCUUUAAAUGCCCGUUGGGUUCAGCAUAGGACGCUGCUGUUCUGUAGAAAGUAACCAAAACCUCACGAGAGAUGAAUACUAUGAUGGGAUUAACUUUCGUCCAGAAGAGUUUUGUCCAGUCACGAAUUCACAUUUGUCCGUUUGUGGUACUUUCCUCCUACACGGCAUGGAACUGCAUUUCCAAACAUAGACCAAGUACAACUGUAACAAUGUUUCAGUUAAUUGUCCUCAGUGUUACUAUAGGAACUGCAGAAAGAAACAAUGGCAUGAUCAUAACAAUAUAUUACACAAACAAAUAGUUCACCAACAGCCACACCCUGCUUUGUAAUACUGUAAUUAUGUGUGAGAACUUUAUUUUUUUCUGCCCAGUAAUGUUCCAUGGUGCCAUGAGCUGAAGGACAAAUACCUAAUUUCUCAUUCUUAAUUUUAAUAAUUUGAUGUUUUUAAUGUCUAAGGUGAAUGGACUUUUCUAUAUAUUACUCGUAAUGAAAUGUAUAUAUUUGUAUUUGGAUUCUGUGAAAAUUCGAUUUCUGCAUGAGCACCGUGACUCAAAACUGAUAUGUUUCUGGUUUUUGGACUCCUGGUCUGAUGUGUUGGGCUGGAGCUCCACUGCAGGCUUUGCAUCCGUUCCAUUAUUAUUUGACUAAUAACGUGUCAUUUUAAGAUAAGAUGGAAAUAGUUUUUUUUUCCUUCCAACAAACAGAGCGAUGCAUAUUUUUUUGCUUGGUGCUAACAAUUUUAGAAAUCGUCAUUUCAGUUGAUGGUGAUGAUUCGUUUACAAAAGAGUCCUUGAUGUCCAUUUUCUAUACAUAAAAAUAUAUUUGUUA